AUGAAAUAUUUCUCUAGGCUUAUUUACUUCUUUAUUUCGAUAGGGUCUAGCACUGAAAGGAGAAAAUCAUAAGUGGAUUAUGGUAAUAUGGGGGUGAUUGUCUACUAUUUUAUAUAAUUGCUUGGUUAACUUUUUAGUUAAUUUGAAAGCAAAUCCAUAGUAUUUUUUGAGAAUGAUUAUUUGGCUAAAAUAGGAUAAUAUUCCUCAAUCCCAUUUACCAUGAUAGUCAUUCAUUAUGACCCAAUUACAAAAAUUAUGUAUUAUUGUAUUUUUGGCACAAUGUGUUCCAUUUAUGCAAUAAUAAUUUUGUAAAUUACAUUCAAAGUAUUAUCAUCAUUGUAUUCUAGCAACUAUCAACAAAUAGUUUUGUUAAUAGAUUUAUAAGGUUUUAUUUUAAGAACUUUUAAUGGUACUUCUUAACACCAUUUCAUGAAUGCAUGAUUGGAGUAUUGACUUGUGGUCGUUUAGCAUAUUUGGCCUAACAUAGUGAUCUAGAUCCUCAACAAUGUUUUUAAUUGAUUUCACCUCACUUUUUAGUUAUAAGCAUAAUAGGCUAAGUACUAGUUAUCCUUUCAGGUUUUUUAUCUUUAUACUGUUUUAGAAAUUAUGAAUUUGUCUAAGGAGAUAUAAUGAGAAAAUUUAGUUACUUUAAUUUGUUAACUAUCAUAUUACAUAUGGCAUUAUAAAUGUCAUCAUUUUGGAAAGAAAUGUAUAGUCAUUACAAUUAUCUUACUCAUUCAAUUUUCAAUCUAAUAAUAAUUAUUAUAGCUUUAGAUAUAUAUUUGAAUAUUCCUUUUGGUUUUUAAAAAGAAACAAUUUUCUUUAGCAAAUGUUUAUGGUGUUCAUGGUUUUUUGAAAUUUUAGUUGCAAUUUGGAUAUUUUCUGAUUUAAAUGAUGGUCAUAUCUUUUUAAGUUUCUGUAUAUGUGUUCCUGUAAUUUAUAUAGAUAUAUAUUAUAGUUAAUAUUUGGUAUCAAUUAAGUACUUUAUGACAUUUAUAUUGAUAAAGAAUGUUAAUUAUUUUUAAAGUCUAAAUCAAAUAAAAUAAGUGAGCAUCCAUUAGAAUUUAUUUGUUAAUUAUGUCAUUUAGAGAAUAUAAAUUAAAGUGAUUACUACUUAUUAUUAAAAUAUUUAGGGAUUCAUUGUUAAAAUUGUAAUGAUUUAACAUGUCCUUGUAAAUAAAAGUUAAAUAAAUUUAUUUCUGGCUAAAACUAACUUAAUACAUAACAAAUAUAUAUUUGGGUGUAACAUUAAUUUUAAAAAAUGAUAAAAUAAAUUAUGCAAAAUUAAGAUUAAUUUUAAUACUUUGAACAAAUUACAAUUAAAUUUGUAACUUUCUUAUAAAGAUACAGAGAAAAUUCUGUUUUAUCAUAUAAAACUAUUUAAGAUGUUGUUUUUACAUUUUAAAAAGUUAAACCAGAUAGUAUGCCAAAGUUCUUUUUGAAUUUAAUAAAUUAAAUAUAACAUUUAAAUAAAAUUGAAAUUGAAAAUAAUAAUAGAGUUGGUAUAUAAAUAGGAUCUUUAGAAUUUCGUACUUUAUAAGAUUUUAAUUUAUUUUAUAAUUUUGAAGAUUAAAUUGUUAAAUUAAUUGUGGAUUUACUCCUUUGUUUGAAAUCAUUAUGGUUAUAAAAAAUGAAUUAAUAUGUUUCUUAUGAGAAUAUGAUUUAAUUUUCAUAAGAAAUAAAAGGAAAAACAGAAUUAGUGAAGAGAGAGUUUAUGAAUUUUUAAAAUUAGAGGGAACUUCCUGCCUUAGAUACUAUAUUGAUACUAAGAAUAAAAUUAGUAAUUUCAUUAGUUUGUAUGGAAGAUAUUAAUAGUUGUAUAAAGAUAGCUCAAUAAAUAGAAUGUCAUGUGAAGGAAUAAACAAAUUCUAAAAGUUAAUAAUUCAAUAAUUUAUAAUUUUUAAAUGGUUAAGCUUUAUCAAUAAUAUCUAGUGUUUAAUCUUAAACUCUAGGAUAUAUUACAUAAAAGAUUAAUGAUUAAUUUUGUGAAUUUUUUGGAUAUUAAAAUCCAAAUAUUCCAUUAACUAAAAUAGAAUAAUUAUUACCUAUUAAACUUGGUUAAAUACAUAAUGGUUUGAUUGAAUCUUAUUUAUAAUAAGGAAAGACAAAUAGAUUGUAUGCAAAUUCAGAAUAAUUUAUAUUGAACUCAGAAAAUUUGAUUGAAAAAGUUAAUAUAUGUCUUACUGCCUUAUUCCCAUAUUCAAAUAAUUAAUAUUAAUUUUGGAUUAUAGGACAUUUAUUGAAAAUGUUGAAAUAUGAAAAAAGAGAAAUUGAUUUAAAUAAAAGAGGAUAUAUUUUGGUUGAUUCUGAUUUUUUAAUUUUUGGAAUAACUAGAAAUAUUUAUGAGAGAAUCAAUUAUAAAUAUUUUUAUAAAAAUGAUAAAAAUGAAGAUUUAUUAUUACCAGAUGAAAUAUAUGAAUUAGUUGCAAUUUAAGAAUUAAUUCCAUCUUUAUCUUAAAUUUUUGAAGAAUAUUAUAGAUUAUUAACUAUCAAAAAUAAAAAAAGAAUGUUUAAAUAAGAUAUUAUAUGUUAAAGAGAAAUAGGUGUACUAUAAGUUCUUACUUAAAAAAGAACUCAAUAUAGAACAUCUUAAUCAUUAUCAACCAAAAAAUAUACAAAUAAAUAAAUGAUUAAUACUUUAAAGGAUAUUAAUACUAGUAUAUCAAAUAAAAAACCUUAAUAUUCUAAAUUAUAUCCUAUUGAAUUUAGUGUAGUUUAAAAAGUUUUGUCUUAUAUAGAAAAAGACACAACCUGUGAAUUUCUAUAUUUUGUAAUAGAAAUUGAUUUUUUGGAUGAUCCAAAAAUAAAUUAAUCUCCAUCUUAAUAAGUAGCUUAAACUCCAGCUCUUUCUGAUAUAUUAAAAAGAUAAUAAGCAAUCUUAGAAUAGAUUAGACCUUAUUAAAGUAAUAUUAUACUAUCAUGUGAUGGCGAAGAAGUUAAUGAAUAAGUAGAAUUAGUAGCUGAAUUAACAAAUACAGCUACAAAACUUAGUUCAAAUGAAAUUAAUGAAUAAUUAGAGAAAAUUAUUGUUUAUAUGAAUGACACAAUUAUACCAAAAACAAUUAAAGAUUUAAUUGCUCAUUUUCUCAUGUAAAUUGUUGUAUUAAUAAUAAUUAUCAUAUUAAUAUCUAAUCUAUUUUAACAUAAAAAGAAUUUAUAAUCAGAUUGCAUAUUAUAAAUUACAGCUGAUUUAAACUUUUUAGAUGCAUAUAGUUAAACCAUGUCAGGAUCUAGACAUGUAAUUUAUUAUAGAGAUUUUUAUCCAAUUUAAAAUGAUACAAUAAUUCCAUUUAAUAAUGAUUCAAUUAAUGUUAGUAGAUAUGAUAAGAUAUAUAUGGCUUGGCAACAUAUUGCAAAAGGUAGUGUUAGACUUAAUGACAUGUAUUAAAAUUAUUCUAAAAUUGCUAUGAAAAGUGAUAUUAAAAAUAUUACUAUUUAUUUUAUUAAUUUUGAUUUGAAGACUAAGAUAUCACAAACUCUUUAAGAUUAUUCUACUUAUUAUCAAAUUAUGCAUUAAACAUUUUUUAUGUCAUACAAAUCAUUUGCAUCAUCACCUUAAACAUAUUUAUCAGGUAGAAAUGAUUCAUAUAUGACUUAAAUUGCAAGAUCAUAAGUUUAUUAUAACUUUUUUGAUGUAAGUGAGAGUGCUAAUAUAACUCUUUGGGAUUGUUAUACAUAUAAUACUGAAAUGAAUGAUUAUUUUGAUUAGAUAGUCAAUUAUUAUUUUAUUGGAUUGUAUUUAUCAAUUUUAUUAUAAUUGACAGCUUUGAUUAUUAAUUACCUUAAAGUUGUUCAUACAAUUAAACAAUAUUUAAAAUUAUUUAAAAUGUGUGAUAAAGAAGAUUGUAUUUAAAUUAUACAUUAAUUUGAUUAAUUGAUAAGUAUUGUAUCAUAUAAUAGAAUAUUCUUAAAACAAAAAGAUUUUAAAAUAAUAAUGACACUACCUUAAUUCAUAUUAGAUGAUGUUAGAAAAAGUUCAAAUAGAGCAACAGUAGUAUUUGUUAAAAAAAAAAGAAUAAAUAAUAAAAAUAUUAAAAUAAAUUAUAAAUAUUCAAGUUAUUGUUCAAUAUUGUUUAUUGUUUUAGCAACUCUGAUAAUACUUGCUUAUGUAUUUGCUUUCCAUUUAUAUUAUCUUCGAAUAACUAAUUCUAUAGGACCUAUAAGUAAUAGGGCUAUCUUAGCUUAAGAACAUAGAUUAAAUUUUAUUGUAGCCUUAAAUCGUUUUGAUUUAUUCUUAAUAAAAUAAUAUUUUGAAACUUAUGCAUUAAUUAACAGAACUAAUCCAAGACAUCAACUCAUGACAAGAAAUAUAUAAACUGAUACUUUAAUAUUGAAUUUAUUAUCAAUGGAUGAAGAAUUAAUUUAUUAAGAUAUCUCUAGAAUAAAAUCAGUAGAUUUUACUAGUUUAAUUCUUAAUUAUGAAGAUUCUAUUUCAGGACUUAAUGAUGAAUAAUAACAUUAACUUUUAGGAUAAGAUGUUUGUAUUUUAACAGGUUGUGAUAUGCAAACUUAAUUAUUGUAUGAUAGACUAUAUUAAAAAGAAUUGAUACCACUUUUUUAAACAGGAGUGCUCAAUCUGCAAUCCAAAGUAUUAUCUUUUGUAGAAGGAGCCUCUUAAUUAAUUUUUUAAAAUUAAUCUCAUUUAGAAAGAGCUCAUGCUUUAGAGUCAAUACUUGAUGAUAGUGAAUAUCUCAUUUAUAUGUUAUGGGGAAUUGAUGUUAUUUAAUUUUAAAUAAGCUAAUUUAGUCAACACUUUUUAGACAUCUCCUCAUCAACAAUAGAUACAUUAACUAAAGAUAACUAAAAUUUUAUUAUAUUAAUUGGACUAUUAAUGUUUAUUGUUAUUUUAGCAUUUUAAAUAAUGUUUGGAUAUUACUAAUUUAAACGAUAUAUACUCUCUAAGGCAAUUAUUAAAUCUAUACCACUUCCCAUCUUAUUUCAAAGAAAUAUUCCUAAACAUUUAGAAAGUUUUCGAAGAAAAUAUGAAAAAUGA